UUGGUGUUCAGUGUUGGACAAUUCGAAAAUAAUAACACCUCAAGCAUAGCUCAUGCGAAUAUCGAAACGACCUUAAAAAUACCCAAUAUACCAAUAUAUUGAAGUGCUGCACAACUUAUAAAAGUUAAAUAAAAUGUCUGUAAAAUACGUGAACUAAAAUCAUAUAAAUCUAAACAUAUAAAAUAGUUAUAAGCUGUAUUAAAAUGACACUGACAAGUCAAGAAAUUUUUUGUGAUUGUUGCGUCUGCGCUGUUACUAGCGCUUUCAGUGGGAGUGAGACAGCUGUGCAGCGUCAGCGACGUCAACGUCGACGUCGACUGAAUAUGCAACUAUUAUUUGCGUUUGUGGCAUUAUUCUUUCUUUGUUUCCCCAUUUCUGCAUCCGCGGAAGGGGAAGAUGAAGAUGGGCCCUAUAGCGGCAAAUAUCUGGGCAAGCUCAAUUCGUAUCAUCAUCAGGUGUCUGGGGAUGUGUAUGCUGUUAAUGAAUACACCUUUCUCAUAACUGGCUUCAAUUAUGAUGGCAAUGGAGCGGACACAUUCUUUUGGGCGGGUGCUAGCAAUAGACCCGGUCCUCAAGGCUUCAUUGUGCCCGAUGAGUACGGCAAGACCAAUAUUCUAGAUCGUUAUCAUAACAAGGACUUUACGCUAACGCUGCCUGAUCGCAAGAAAAUGACUGAAAUCAAAUGGCUGGCAGUUUAUGAUUUGAAUAAUCAAAAUAACUUUGGUGACGUCUACAUACCGGAAGAUUUCGAACCGCCGCGAACCCAAACCGGAGGAACAUUCUCCAAACGCAGCCACAACGUGAGCAGCAGCAGCAUCGAGAUUUUGGAUUCAAAGACUAUACGCAUUUCGGACUUUACCUAUGAUGGACGUGGGCAUAAGACGUUUUUCUGGACAGGCGUAGGAGCACAACCCUCGAGUCGGGGCAGCAAGAUACCCGACGAGCGGGGCUAUCUGGAUCCUAUACGCAAAUAUAAUAAGGAACAAAUUGAAUUGGAGCUGCCGGGUGAUAAGACAAUAUUCGACAUAGAUUGGAUCAGUGUCUAUGAUGUGGCGGAAAAUGAGAACUACGGACAUGUGCUUAUACCGGAUGGUUUGAAUGUGCCGCCAUCUCUGGUAAAGAUUACGCCCUACGAGUUCUCGUUGCCCAAUUGCCGACAGCUGCAUAAGGACUUGCAGGUAUCCUGGGAAGUCUUCGGUCCCCAGAUCACAUUCCAACUGUCUGGUCAGGUGGCUCAAAAUGAUUACAUGUCCUUUGGCAUGUCUGGAUCGGAUGUAUCCAGUCAAAUGAUUGGAGCCGACGUUGUGGUUGCCUACAUUGAUGAAAUACGCGGCUACACUGUGGAUUACAACAUCACAUCCCUGGCACCCUGUGUCCAGGUUCUGGGUCAGAAUAAGGGCGUCUGUCGGGACGAUGUUGUCGGUGGACUGGACAGUUUUCAGUUGAACACGUAUAGUCGCAAGAACGGCAUCAAUACCAUUAGCUUUAGACGUACACUCAAGUCUUCUGACGAUGGCGACAAGGAAAUCUUUCUGGAUCACAGCAACUAUAUUGUUUGGGCCCUUGGUCAACUCGAUUCCAAUAAGGAGCCCGCUUUUCACACAUUCUAUCCCAAAAGCGAUAUUACCAUUGACUUCAACACUACGGAACCGGUCAACGAUUGCUUUAGUUUUACAAAGCGGAUGGAAACUCCAGUUCAGCUGUGGGAUCGCGCAAAGAUUACGGAUGCCUCUAUUCGCACGUUUAAUGCUUAUUUGGGUCCCUCGGGUGGAAUGCGUGGAUAUCAGGGACUUACGGGCCAUGUUUCGAGUGGUUUGGCCUGGUACAUCAAUGGCUUCAUGAUACCGGAGCUGUAUCUGAAACGUGGCUUGACCUACACCUUCCAGGUGCGAGGCGGCAACAAUCCACACUCGCCGGAGCACUAUCAUCCGUUGGUCAUCACAGAUGAUCCGCAGGGAGGUUUCGAUCGUCUGUCGGACGCGAAACAGAGUGAAAUCCGGGUUCUGGCAGGAGUCGAGUUCACCCGCCGUGGACGCCCAAAACCGACAGCUGCCGGUCCGCUCUGUUUAUCCCGCUAUCCAGCGGAUUACGAUCGUCGUUUGGAUGAUAACUUUCAAACAUUUAAGAAAUUUAAUCGUUCCUUAAUAAACACAUGCAGCAAUGAGGCGCCUGCUCUACUGGAGAUCACACCCAAUAUCACCUGGCCGGACACUGUUUACUACAACUCCUUCACUCACGGCAACAUGGGCUGGAAGAUACACAUAGUCGAUAGUUAUAGUAAUCUGCGGAAUGCCGAACAUAAUAUGGCCAGAACUAUUACUUGGAUACCGGCUUUAGUAGCAGUAGCUCUGCUUUUGACCACCCAACUGCAUCCCAACGGAUAUUUGUAAUGGUACCUCAUACCAACAUAAGAAAGAAAAAUAAAGGAACCAUAAUUUGGAAAAUUGAACAAAGAAAUUUCCAGAUUACAAUAAUACAAACAAAUUUUGGAAAACAAAAAUUAAAAAAAGCAAAAAGUUAAAGUUUUAUAUGAAUAUAUAAAAUUCUUUGUCCUGACUCACUUAUUCACUGACUGAUCAUUGCACAAUCCAAACCAUAAGACGUAGGAGGCUGAAGUUUUCACACAUCAUAGCUGAGACAAUUUCAAUGUGCAAUUGGAAAAUAAAAAUUAGGAAGCGAAUUUUGGUAAUUAUGUUAAUAGGAGUUCCUUAUUUUGGUUUCCUUAUUUUUAUUUUUAUAUUAAAUGCUUCAUAGUUUUGUUUUCACAAUUUUCAUUUCCAAAUUUUCAAAUUCUGAGUAAUAUUCGUACGGGGAAUCAUUUGUAAAACAAUUUAUAAUUUUAAUUCAAGUCACACAGUCACUAAUUUACAUGCUUCUUACAAUAAUUGUUUUUUAAGAUAUACGCACGUAUGUAUACCUAGCCUUUAAGUGUAUAAUUAUUGUAACUUAAAUUUGCUAAUAAAGGCAAAGCUGUACAUAAGUCAAAA